CAGAGGGAGGGGUUUACAUCAAUUCGAGAGUCUACACUGUUUUUGCGGUGUCGGCGCGUCUCCGGAGCUCAUUUCAUCGCUCAAUCGCUGCGUUGUUGCUACGUUCUCGCAAGCAUUGUUCCAUCACAGCUCGGUUAAGAGCUUCGGUAAAUCCAGGUCGUCACCAUGAGUGCAAGACCAAUGGAGGAAGACACCGAAAAAACGGAAGAGGAAGAAUUCUCCACUGGCCCUUUGUCUGUGCUCACGAUGUCCGUGAAGAACAAUACUCAGGUUCUUAUCAAUUGCCGAAAUAACAAGAAGCUAUUAGGGCGAGUGAAGGCAUUUGAUCGUCACUGCAAUAUGGUUCUUGAAAAUGUGAAGGAGAUGUGGACAGAGGUGCCCAAGACUGGUAAAGGAAAAAAGAAAGCCAAGCCUGUGAAUAAGGACCGCUUUAUCAGCAAAAUGUUUCUAAGAGGAGACUCUGUUAUCAUCGUUUUGAGAAACCCAAAAUGAUUGACUGCAGCCGCGGCCAAGUGGGGGCUUGUGGUAUCACAUAUUGGUCGAAGGAAUUUUGACCCGGGGAACAAACGAUCUUCUACUUUGAAUUUCAGAUAGCUCACAAAGGUGCAAGUGUAAUAGAUGCUGAAAGCUUAUUGUUUUUUUUAUCUUAAAUACCAAUAGGGUCUUGUUUUCUCAAGCAGCUUCUUUAAGCUGUAUACCUUGACAUUCCACUCUAUUUUCAGCUGCACAAGUGGUGCACGAGUGAUUCUCAUUGAAGUGUAGCCUCUUUCAUAAAUAUGACGUAUAAUUGUUCGCGGUUUUCUAUGUUAAAA